AUAAAGCGGAUGUCGUCUCGCGAAGCCUUUUAGGUUACGGUCGCCUCUCAUCAGUCCUUGGCGGUGCUGCACCGGCUGCUCUCAGAUUCCCUCUGCUUCACGCCACAGGCGAAGUUUCUCUUCUGUUGGGUCCUUGAAUAGUCCAGCUGGAAAAAAUGGCAAAAAAGAAUAAUCCUAUUGUCUUCCUUGAUGUAGCAAUUGAUGGGAAAGCUGCAGGACGGAUGGUGUUUGAGCUUUUUGCUGAUAUCGUUCCCAAGACUGCUGAAAAUUUUCGAGCACUCUGCACAGGUGAAAUGGGAAUUGGACCUACAACUAAGAAGCCCCUGCAUUACAAGGGUUCGGUCUUUCAUCGAAUUAUUAAGGGCUUUAUGGCACAGGGUGGUGACUUUUCAAGACGUGAUGGGACCGGUGGUGAAAGCAUAUAUGGUGGGAAAUUUUCAGAUGAAAAUUUUGUGCUAAACCAUGAUGGUCGUGGUCUUCUGUCAAUGGCAAAUGCUGGCCGCGAUGCUAAUGGCUCUCAGUUUUUCAUCACUUUCAACUCCGCUCCUCAUCUCAACGGGAAGCAUGUUAUUUUUGGGAAGCUCAUUCUAGGACAUGAAACCUUGAAGAACAUAGAGAAUGUUGAUGUGGAUGGUGACAGACCUGUUGCUCUAGUGAAGAUUGUUAACUGUGGAGAGCUUUGCGAAAAUGUAGCAGUGGUACAUGAAAAUGACAAGAAGAAAGAUUCCAAAUCAAAGCAAGUUAAGGAUGCUUCUGAUGAUAGUCGACGGCGGGGACGACAUAAAAAGUCUUCUAAAGGAAGAAGGAAGUGGAAAAGAAAAAGAUAUUAUUCAUCAGAAUCGGAUAGCUCGUCAGAUGCAGAAACAGAAACUUCAGAUACUGACAGUGAUUCUGACUCUGACACAUCAUCUAUGUCUGAUGUAAGCAGCUCAAGUGAUGACCGGCGACACAAGAGGAGGAAGUAUUCUAAGCGAGACAAGUACAAGCGUGGCAAAAGGAAAAGGGAUAGAGGGCAGGAGAAAAGGCGCAGAAAGCGUGAAAGGAAAUUAAGGCACAAACUCAGAAGGAUAAUGGAGAGUGAAUCUGAAACAGAGAGUACCGAUGGUAGCAGUUCUCAUGAUGAUGGAUAUCACAAACGACGAGUACGAAAGUCUAAGGUCUCAUCUCAUGUUUCUGAUGAAAAACAGUCACUGCUGCCUGUGGAGAGAGAAAUCAUUACCGAUUUACCUGAUGAGGGAACUAUACCUGAGAAGCCUGUUGGUGAAGAGGCCAAGUCCCAAAGAGAAAAUGGAGAGCUCCAGAGCAAUGGCAUUACCGAACCAACGUCUGGCAGGGAUAUGGAUCAGCUACCAGGUUCAGAAGGCCAUAAAUCAAGGAGCCAAAGCAUGAGCCCGAACCAGUCCAUGAGUAAGAGUAUGAGUAUCAGUCCAAGGAGGAGUCCUAAUGGCAGCCAAAGUCCCAGAAGGUCAGCAAGCAGGAGCCCCGGUACAAGAGAUCUUGAUGGAAGCCCUGACCAUGUAUCCCGAAAGAGCAGCAUGAGUAGAAGCCCACCUCGGAGAAGUACCAGCAGGAGCCCAUUUAGAAGAACUAUUAGUAGAAGUCCUAUAAGAAUAGUCAUAAACAAAAAUCCAGUUGGCCUGACUGGGAAGAGCAAGAGCAGAAGUCCAGUUAAAGUUCAUAGCAGAAGUGCAAGCAAAAGCCCAGCAAAGUCCCUGCAGCAGAGAAAUCUUAGUGGAAGCCAAGACAAGACUCCUAUUAGAAGAAGCUUGAAUAGAAGUCCGGUCAAUGAAAAACGGAGGAGCAUUAGCCGAAGCUCAGGAAGGUCUCUGCAGCAGAGAAGCCCUAGCAGAAGCCCAGUGAAGGCUAGGAGAAGUGUAAGCCGAAGCCCUGAAAGGUCUAGAAGCAGAAGUAAAAGCCAUAGCCCUGUACAGGCUCGGUCACGACCAAGCAUCAGCAGGAACCAGGGGAGUCCUGUUCACAGGGCCGCAUCACCUCCAUCCAAUCGUCGAAGGAGCUUAUCAAGAAGUGUUUCUCCGGAUGGAUCUCCUAAGCGUAUAAGGAGGGGUAGAGGCUUCAGUCAGCAAUACUCCUUUGCUAGAAGAUACCGAACUCCAUCCCCUGAUCGUUCUCCUGUUAGAUUGCAUCGUUAUGGUGGAAGAAAUGAUCGUGAUAGGUACUCAAGCUAUAGAAGCUACCACAAUCGCUCUCCUCCUAGACGAUAUAGGAGCCCUCCAAGAGGAAGAACCCCACCAAGGUACCGAAGUCGGAGGAGCCCUACUCGAAGCAUAUCUCGCAGCCCUGUUGGCUAUCGUGGCCGGGCAAGAGGUGGCUACAGCAUCAGCCCAGCUCGCAGUCCUUCGCAAGCUUCAGAAAAACCAAGGUCACGCGGUGCAAGAGAUAGCAUUCGCCCUGAAAAGCGUGUGUCAGUUUCUAAAAGCAGAAGCCCAUCUGGAUCCAGAUCCAGAUCCAGGUCGAGGUCCAGUUCCAGGUCUGGUUCUAGUUCGAGGUCCAAAUCCAGGUCUCGUUCUUCCCAGGAUACUCCCUCUCCAAAACGUGCGAGCAAGGAGCAGUCGAGGUCUCCCUCCACCAGUUCUCAUGGAAAGAAAGGGUUGGUUUCGUAUGGAGACGGCUCCCCUGAUUCCGGUGGGAGAUAGAAAAUAAUAUUAUAUUAACUCUUAAGGCUCUUUAUCUGUGAGCAGCUGAGCGUCAAGAGAGAUUGUCUUCAGAGACCACCGGAUGCCUGUACGGGGAAUAACUGGAUUGUACUUUAAAAGUAUCAUAUGCGAUAUAAACACGUGCUCUUAUGUUCUAAUUUUUGGAAUUUGGACUUUGGAGCGAUUGUUCUUGAA